AAUCCCGUGUUGGCAGAUCCAAUAAAAGCACCAAGCCGACACUUUUCUCUCUCUUAGCCUAGUUUUUCCUUCCCCUCACUCUGUCAUUUUCUCUUGACUCCUACACUUCACUCCCCAAGCUUUUCACUUCUUCCCCUUUUUUCUCGCUCACCAAACACUCUCUCUCACUCUACAAAGAAAGCUGAGCUGGUUGUGGUUGUUGUGGUCGCCUCACACUCUCACUUCACCACUCUACGCUGGUGAGAGAUCACACAUCAUGUGCAUUUUCAUGCUAGCUCUUGAUGUCUGAAACCUUAACCUUCUCUGCUCAUCUCCCAACUCAUUCUUAUUUCCACGCUUCUUCAUUCACCCCUUCUAUGCUCCAAACGUUUUCUGUCUCCUGAACUCAGUUUUGCAGCAUACCAUUGCAGUUCAGUUAUCGUCCCUUUUGGCCUUUUUAAUGAUCCAUGCACAACCACUGCCUUAGACUUUGUUUAUAGAGAUUCCUCCCUUUGAAAGGUUUCGUAGCAUCAUGGAUCAAAAAACGUGGCUUUGGAGGAAAAAAUCCUCCGAAAAGACAAUUAUAGCAGCUGACAGUAGCGAUCUCACUUCAAAAGAAAAUGAAGAGGUACAGGCACUUGUAGCUGAUAAAGAAGAGUUGGAGAAAGAUCUGAAAAGAUUAAACAACAAACUUUCUUCGGCACUUUCUGACUGUAAUUCUAAAGACGAGCUGGUGAAGAAACAAACAAAAGUUGCACAAGAAGCAAUGGCAGGUUGGAAGAAGGCUGAAGCUGAAGUGUUGUCUAUGAAGCAUGAUCUGGAUGAAGCUUUGCAGCAGCGAAUAGUUUAUGAAGAAAGAGUAGCCCAUUUGGAUGGAGCUCUCAAGGAAUGUAUGCAGCAGUUACGAUUUGUUCGAGAAGAACAAGGGCAAAGGAUUCAUGAUGCUGUGAUAAAGACUUCAAAGGAAUUCGAAAAAGAGCGUGUCAGUCUGGAGGAGCAGUUAUCUGAGACGAGUAAAAAACUUGCAAAAGCAGAGAUUGAAAAUUCUCAUCUUAAUAAAUCCAUUUUUGCAAGAGAAAAAUUGAUUGAAGAUCUGAAAAGACAGUUGACUCAAGCUGAGGCAGAUCAUAAUGCACUGAUGAUUAGAUUAGAGUCCACUGAGAAAGAUAAUGCCUCUCUGAAGUAUGAGGUUCGUGUGCUUGAAAAGGAACUUGAGAUUCGAAAUGAGGAGAGGGAAUUUAAUCGUCGGACAGCUGAUGCUUCUCACAAACAGCACUUGGAUAGUGUUAAAAAAAUUGCCAAGUUAGAAUCAGAAUGUCAGAGGCUGCGCCUUCUGGUUCGUAAACGGUUACCAGGUCCUGCUGCCCUUGCAAAAAUGAAAAAUGAAGUUGAAAUGUUGGGCCGGGACUCAUUUGAAAUGAGGAGGAGCAAAUUGAGCUCCACGAGUUUAGUAGUUGACUCUUCAGUUGACACUUCUCCUGAGACUCCCAUUAGAAGAAUCAAUACGUUAAAUGAGCAGUUAUCUGCUGUGGAAGAAGAAAACAAGACUUUAAAAGAAUCACUAAAUAGGAAAAUGAACGAGCUCCAAUUCUCAAGAGUCAUGCUUUCUCGCACAGCUUCCAAACUUUUGCAACUUGAGUCACAGAUUGAAGAAUCAUCUAAAGGUCAUGUAACUCUCGAACAUCCUAGAAGUAACCUCCUGUCACAUGAGUUCUCUUUGGGAUCAAUGUCUGAUGCUGGAAGUGAUGACAAGGCUAGCUGUGCGGAAUCCUGGGCUUCUGCAUUGAUUUCAGAAUUGGAGCACUUUAAAAACGGAAAGCAGAAGGACUCAAUGUCAUGCAGAAGUGUUGGAGCUUCAGACAUAAAUCUCAUGGAUGAUUUUGUUGAAAUGGAAAAAUUAGCAGUGGUGUCUAUUGAAAAAGCCACUGAAAUCUCUCCCACUUCUUUGAAAGCAGUUAAUGAGAUCAAUGGUUUCUCAGAGAUUGGUACAAAGGAUACCACCCCUGAAGUAGAAGGUAAGGAGAUUAUUUCAGUGUCUGAUCACAUUUCGACUGGGACAAGUGAGACCACCCCUGAAGUAGUAGGUAUGGAAAUCAUUCCAGUGUCUGAUCACAUUUCAGAUUCAGACCUCUCAAAUUCAAAUAAGAAAACCUGUUCCAUUGAGAUAUUAAAGGGCAAUGUUCCUGGUUGGCUUCAGGAUGUAGUAAAAAUAGUCUUGGAACAAAACCAUGUCACUCACAAAAGCCCUGAUGAUAUACUUGAGGAUAUUAGAGUAGCUCUGAGGCAUGUGAAUAAUCACGAUCUGUGUGACUUUGGUUCAAGCAAAGGCUCUGGUCAUACUGACACACAGUGUAGUUGCAUCUCAUGGAAUCAUUCAAAUAAUUCUUUGGUGGUAGAUCCAACUGGUGAUGAAAAUAAUGCUGACAUCCCAUCAAUAAAGAGAAUCCAACCACAAUCUCAGGAAGACUCAAGUAAAUCAAUCGGAAAGAUAAUUGAGAUUGUUGAAAGAAUCAGCCUGCUUGCUGUGGAUUAUAAUAGUUCAGAUCCCUUGCGAGAAGGAGAUGGGGAUAUCCUUUCGUACAAGAAUCUUGGAAUUAUCCGUUCUUACAAGAAUCUUGGAAUGCCGAUGGGCUACAUGGUCCGUGUUUUCCAGUGGAAAACAUCUGAACUCAGUAAUGUUUUACAGCGAUUUCUACACGUGUGUUAUGAUUUACUGAAUGGCAAGACUGAUUAUGAAAAUUUUGCCCAAGAAUUAACAACAGCAUUGGAUUGGAUUAUGAAUCACUGCUUUUCACUUCAGGAUGUUUCUAGUAUGAAGGAUGCCAUCAAGAAACAAUUUGAUUGGGAUGAGACACGGAGUGAAGGUGAAGCAGAGAAUGAGAUGUUAAGUCGUUUUGCAGAGGAAGAUAAGUUGCAUCAUCCCAGAGAAAAUUCGUCAUCUUUGCCUCAAGUAACUACUUCGGAUGGUCAUGAUCUUCAGAAAGGAGAGAUAUAUUCCAAUGAGAAAAAAGAACUUUCAAAUAUUAAAGAUAAAUUGGUCACCGCUGAAUCUCAAAAGGAAGUUUUGGAAGGGAAACUUCAAUCAGCUACUGAUAGGAUUGAAUCUUUAAUGAAUCAACUCAAGGAAUCAGAGAAAACUGUUGACAUCUUGAGAUUAGAUAUACAAUCCUUUAAAGAAUCCAAUGAAAAACUUGAGGAUGAAAUUAGAAAUCAGAAACUGAUAAAUUCAAAUCUUGAUGCACAGCAUACAGAAGCAGAAUUGAAAGAGGCUCGUGACAAGGUUUUGGCUUUAGAAGUGGAACUGGAAAACAAGAACCGCACUUGUGAAGAAUUAGAGGCUAAAUGUCUUGAGUUGCAGCUCCAGCUUGAAAGCAUGUCAAAGGAGUGCUCAAACCAUGAUAUUAAUGAAAAAGAUAAGCCACUGCGGAAUGACUGGGAGAUAACAGCUGCUUCAGAAAAGUUGGCAGAGUGUCAAGAAACCAUCCUGAAUCUUGGGAAGCAGUUGAAAGCAAUGGCUGCACCAAAGGAUGCAUCCCUUUUUGACAAUGUUGUUGCUGCCCAAUUUAAUACAAUCACCACUGCCACCACCACCACCACUAUGAAUGUGGAUCCAAGACCUGCCCCUCCAAAACUUAUGAAAGUGAAAACUCGAUCACUACUUGAUCAGAUGCUAGCUGAUGAUACUAAAGCCAAGAUUCCCAAAGCAAUUGACGGCAACUCCAACCCCAUCAUCAUUCCUGGCGUUAUAGAGCCCCUGGAAAAGAUUUUAGUUUUAAACGGAGUUAAAGAUCAGGAAGACAGCACUAAUUCUUUGGCCAUUGUACCUGCUAAGAAACCAGGAAGUGGAAGUUUGUGGAGGAAGUUAUUAGGGAGAAAGAAGAAAAGUGUCAACAUGAAAACACCCUCUAGUUGAACAAAUAAAAUGCUCAUACAUAGUAGAUUGUAGUGUUGUUCAGUACAGUACCAAGCCAAAAGAAGGAAACUAUAUUUGUUGUCGAUAUCUUUAUUGAAGGGAGUUGAUUGGUGUUUGUGUGUUUUGCUCUUGAUUACACGACUGAAAACUAACCGAAGUUCUUGUUAUAAGGCACUCACCCGUUGUUGUUAGGGGCAUAUACGUUACUCGGGUGUUCAGCAGUGAGAAAUCCCUUUAAAUGAUGAUUUCAAGUUUUGUGACCUUAUACUCGAUUGUGUCAUUACUGAAAUGAUUAUUAGUGAAACAUAUGCUGGUUGCCAACGGCUUACGGACAUCCUGCACAAUGCUAUUCUAACUAGUUCAAGAAUCAUGGAUGAAUUACAAUGACAUUUAACUAGCUUUCAUGAUUUUAUGUAAUGUAAUAGGGAAUGCUCGACCACCACCUAUGUUGCACGGUGCUGUGAGCCCAAGUCCGAUACUUUUUUAGGGUGGACGUGUCUUGGAUGUUCCAGUGGACUGUGUUCGCACAAACUGGAUACGGUCUCUAUCGGAAAUACUCACAAAAUUUAUGUGUUUUUA